CUCGUUGAAGUAAUACAGGCGAAUAGAGGCUCAGGUAAACGGGACGAGCGUAAACCUGUGUUUACUGACAGUAUCUGUGUAGUGUUGAGGUCAUUUUAUAAAGGUCUGAUAACAGAUACAAGAGGAUUUGUGUACCUUUACAGAUAAUACCUCGAGGGUAGAGGGUGACGAGCCGGGAGCCUGAACGACGACCCCACUACAUCCUUCCCCUGGGAACGCGUGCAGAUACCGUGAGACUUGGGCGUCGAUGAGAUCUCAGUGGAAGUGGCUCGGCGACAGGAGACAGUCACGUUGUCACCAAUCAUCUUUUAAUAAGGGAUCAAUGUCACUCGUGUUUGGCUAGUUAGGGGACGCUACAGGUGAUGCCUGGCGACGAUUGCAAGAGGGUCGCGCUAUCCAGUUUCACAAAAGCAGCUUUCGUGGUGGCACUUGUGUGAGAUGUGGUCGGUGUACGUGCAAGUAUAUCUCAGCAAGGAGCAAGCUUGAACCCGUGACGUAACGCUUCAAUAGAUUGAAAACGUCAAUCGGCUCGCAGAGCGGCUUACAGGUAUAUGGGCGGACUGUGUAAAGUGACCGGGAUGGUAUCGUGAGUCGGUCUGUGCCGGGCGAUUAUCUUACUGUCCCUAAUCUGGAGACGGGAAUUUAAGGAUAGGGCAUACCACAGUGAAGACUCGUGAAGCGGAACGGUUGUGUGUGUGGAGCGGCAUAAUAGUGACAGACAUACUACUGCAUGUAUCUCGGCAUGCCAUUGUGUCGCCAGGGCUGCUUCCGGCUUGGUGUGAAGUUUGAUCAGCGUUAUAUCGAGGUGUAGGAGAAAUCGGUGGGUGUUGUGCUUGUCCUUGCUACAGCCGGGCUGUUGACACUGACAGACUCGUGUUGUUGGCACUGUUCUCAAAGUAUUCUGUCAGUUUGUCGUAACUACAUUUGUCGGUAUCCAUUCGACGCUGCCUUGUGAGUACGUGUUCCGAGCGCUUGAAAAACCACACGGACCUCGUCUAAAGUGAAAUGUACACAGGGAGCUAAGUCCCAGUGAGCUAGCUGUAGCCAAGGUAAACGGGGACUUCCGCAUUAGGCUGUCCGAUACUCCCUCGGGUAGGUUGUGGAGGAGCGCCGACAACCGUCUCCCUACUGGCUUCUCACCCCCUCGCCACACUGAUCACCGCGCGUUACCGAGCGCCAUUGAUUGUAUUACCUGGAUUUGUGGACGGCUGAUUGAAGGUGCAACCGACGCGGGAUGUCCCACAGGUGGGUCGGAGGAGGGUACUCGCAGUGAUGCCUGCUUCAGCGUCAUGCUGCAUGACGACGUGCCACAGUGUCGUUGUCGUCGUCGGAAAGUGUGGAGCUUCACGUGAGGCUGAAUUCUAAUUAAACGUUACUGGAAUUGUUCAACGUGUGGCUGACAUGGGCAAGAGAUACACUCGGUGGAAUCAAUACCUGAACACAUGUAGGACUGCCCACUCGGGAGGUACGUCAGGUUAGCGCCCGCCUCGCCUUUCAUGUUUAAAUCCAGAACAGAAUCAGACAAAAGGUUUAAUCACGUCUGUUAAAUUACUUUACGUGUAUAAAUAUUGGAUGUGUCGCUGACACGUUCACAAUUGAGGGAGAAAUUUGUCAGGAACACUUUAUGUGUGUGGGAAUAACGAGUGAUACAUAUUGGAAUCGGCCGUUCUGAUGAAAUGACGAAUGAUGUCAGUGGUUGUCUUGAUAUACCUGUGUUGAACAAUGACAUGUUCACAUGAGACUUCAACUAGUGGCGUAGGAAGAACACAUACACAGACACUUGGUGACUGCGAUGAAAGCACGUGGAUCUCUGUCCAUAGACAUUGAUAAUGCGUAUUCACCUCCGAUACGGUCUGCUGCUGGGGACGGUGUUUGUUUUGCUGGUUGUGGGGAAGAUAUACCACUUCGUCAGUACAACUACUCACCGGACAGACAGCCUCAAGAGAGUGUACAUCAACCAUGGACACCCAAAGGACGACAAUGCUUUAAUUACGAAAUAUGGUACGAAUGACCUUCGACUGGCAGGGGAGCUGGGGAGGGGCGUUGUCCUUGCACCCGAGGAAAAGCGACGGGCGGAGUGGGCGAUGAAGAAAUACCGGCUGAACGUCUACGCCAGUGACAUCAUUCCCCUCAACAGACUUGUCCCGGACUCAAGGCCAGUCGGGUGCCAGAGCAUGACAUACCCGGAUGAUCUCCCCACGACAAGUAUUGUGAUCCCCUUCCACAACGAGUGGCCCUCUAUCCUGCUGAGAACCGUCUACAGCAUCAUCAACAGGACGCCCAGCCGCCUGCUGAAGGAGAUCAUCCUCGUCGACGACGAGAGCGACUUAGCUGAACUGAAGGAGGAACUGGACAAAUACAUCAAGACUCACCUGGAGAAGCGAGGCGUCAAGCUGAUCCGCCUUCCCCAGAGAGUCGGUCUGAUCAAGGCGCGGCUGGAAGGAUUCAAGUACGUCACGGGGGAGGUUGUAUCCUUCUUCGACAGCCACAUGGAGGUGAACGUCGACUGGCUCCAGCCUCUCCUGGUGGAGAUCAAGAGGAAUCGGUCCACGGUCGCUAUGGGGCACCUCGACUACAUCAAGGCAGAUACCCUACAGUACGACUUCGAGCCCGGCUACAAGACGAGAUACGGCUUCGACUGGCGACUCGUCUUCUUUGAAACCUACUUCCGCAAGAACCAGCAGGAGCCCAAGUCAGAGACAGAAUCUCUACCAGGUGUCGUGAUGGUGGGGCCGGCGUUUGCUGUCGAUGCCGACUACUUCCGUGAGAUCGGAACAUACGACAGCGGCAUGGAAAUCUGGGGCGGAGAGAACAUCGAACUGGCAUGGAGGGUAUGGCUUUGUGGGGGGCAGCUGCUUCACAGUCCCUGUUCCAAGAUCGGCCACAUCGCCCGCUCCCAGCCCUACUCCUUCCCUGCAGGGCGCUACCAGACGGAGAUGCACAACUACAAGCGGGCAGUGGAGGUGUGGAUGGGCGACUACAAGAAAUACGUGUACGAAUACUUCCCCGCCAUGAAGAACCUUGACGCCGGGGAUUUGAGCGAGCGCGUUAAACUACGACAGAGGCUCAAGUGUCGAGAUUUUGGAUGGUUCCUCGACAACGUAUGGCCGGAGCUGUUUGCUUACGGGGAGGACGUUUUCGCCUGGGGAGGGAUCGAGAACCCCGACCUGAGGAUGUGCCUGGACAAUGACGAGUACUUGUUCCAAGCGCCCAACCCGCUCACCAUCAAGCCCUGUACACACAGCCUCCCGGCGCAGGGUUUCUCGUGGACGCACGGGCGACAGCUGCGGACCACCCUGCAGUGUGUCGUCGUGCUGACGGAGGAGAUGGACGUGGUGCCGUUCCUGCAGGACUGUAUCGAGGGCCCCAGGGAGACGUGGGACUACAUACUGGACGGGAUGUUGAAGCAUGAGAAGACUGGGCUCUGUCUGGAGGUGAUGACUGGUCCGAGGCUGACCCUUCAGAAGUGUGACCACAACAAUAAGGGUCAGAAGUGGAGGUUUUCACAGCAUGACCCCUCUUUCAAAGACCGGGCGAGAGCGGCAGCCAACAUCACUCUUAACAAAGAGGUUAAAUUGUGAGAGAAAAUAAUACUCAGUUGUGUCAGGCCAUGCAUAAGCCAGUGGAGACGUGUGGGCAGCGCUAGGUGUUGUACGUUGUGCUGGGGCGAGCAUGGCGCGCACAGACGUGGCCAAGUGCUCCAGUCUCACGUCUAGCAGUACAGUAGCGGACGGAAGUCGGGAUCAUGGGUUGGACAGUCACACAAGGGGCUGCGUUUUUCGACACAGUCCCUAUAUAAUGGCGUCAAAUAUUCCACAGGCGCACCGAGAACUGCGGGUCGGGGGCCGAGACGCCAUUGUUAGAUAUCAUCGCCGUGUAUAUACACAUCAGAAAUCAUUUGGCUGUGCCGCGAGUGUUGCGGCCUCAGAGCACCGCCGUGUACCUGGACGUGAGACAUUUAUGUGGGAACUGCUCAUUAAAUUAUGUGGGGUAAACAUUUUUGUUCACCUGGGUUGAAGAUGAACACAGUUAAUUACUCGAACUUUUCAGACAGAAACCUCCGUGAAUACGUCGCAUCAAACAUAUCAUGUGACUAGAUCACGUGGUUCAUGAUCAGGUCAUGUGAAUGUCAUGGCGAAUGUCAUGGUGCUAUACACGAAGUGCUUUACUACCCCUGGAUUCUAAACGAAGAGACACCUGGAAGUCAAUGUAUCGUGUUUCUACAACGAGCACCUGGGCAGAUGAUUCCGACACUAAACUUCAUGAAAUAUUGACAUGGCCAUGAAGAAUCACUGCUAGUAUUUCAUCCUAACAUGUUUGUGAUCCGUUUUCGGAUAUCACUGAGCUCUAAUCAGCUUGCCAUGAGCAAAUGCAUUGAACGCCAAACAGCCCUUGUGCCUGUCUAGUUUUGUUGCACAUUCAGUACAAUGGCUAUGCCAGUCCCUCUCUGACGCCAUGUCGGGUUCACAUCAGGCAGGCCAGUAAAUCGCCAUUCAAGUCCCAAUUCCAGUCUGUUUCUGUUGUGGCCAUACAGCCGAUGUGUAUAGGUCUCCCUGACGUGAUGUCGUGAUAUAGCUGCAAUAUUGCUGACCAUAGGUUGUCGUGAUAUAGCUGCAAUAUUGCUGACCAUAGGUUGCCGUGAUAUAGCUGGAAUAUUGCUGACCAUAGGUCGCCGUGAUAUAGCUGGAAU